UUGAUUGUGCUUAUAAGCGAUACGAUGCAUAAUUUCUCUUUUCUACUAUUUAAAUGCGAAAAACAAGCAAAGUAAACACAUUUCUGGCCAAACAAGAUCGUCAUGAAUGUACAAAAUGUUGCCUCAAAUGAGGAUUCCUUGCUGGCUUGUCGAGCUUGUCUGGUUACUGACUGUAAACUGUACAACAUACACGAUUAUCAACUCGGUGGUGCCUUUGCUCGCAUUUCAGGAGUUCCUGUACACAAAGACGGGCUCCCGCAGCAUCUCUGCAUCUUCUGCAGCGCGCAGGUGGCCCGCUUCGAAGCCUUUCGAGAAAAGGUCCUCCGCUCACACUUUUGUAUGAGGGCGAAACUAUGCGAGAGAGAGUUGGAUACAAACAUUAUCCGCACCAUUGACCGCGCUCACUUCAAGCUCCUAAACAACCUGGCCUUCACCAAACCACAGCCGGUCGAAUGCGUAAACCUUAAAACCCCUGAAGAUAUCAAAAACGAACCCAUUCCAGACACAGACGACACUAAAGAUAAUAUUGUCGAGAAACAAGAUCUGAAAGAGGAAGAAAAUAAUGAUACAGAACUUGAUAAUGAUGAUGGAGUCGAAGAUAUAUUCAUACUCACAGAUGUCGAGAACAUUAAAAAGCGAAAGAGAAGAGUUACAGCUAAGAAAAAGAUGAAACUUGAAAAGUUUGAUGAUGACGAUGACAUCAAACUUGUGAAUUUUGCUAAAAAAAGACCGAAUAGGAAAAAAGAGAGUAAUCAAAAGAAAACUGUUGUUAGAAAGAGAGAAUUAAAAACUAAAAAUGCUGAUGAUAAUCCAAAACCAAAAGUGAAGAAAGAAAGGAAGAAGGAAGACAGUAAGAGGAAGUUUAGGAAUCCGGAAAAUGGUUACAUGCCGGUGUUUGAUUUUGCUACAUUUGAGAAUGCUUGUGAAGUGCGUGUUGUCACUUUGAGUAAGGAAGAUCAACUGGAGGAGAUUGCGACGCGCAAAGAGUCCGCCAAUUACUUGGAGUCCCCGUUCCAGUGUCACGACUGCGGAAAAGGGUUCCUGGCCGAGGAGGCUUAUAACAACCAUCAGUUGCGGCACAGCCCGAGCGCGGGCCCAUAUGCCUGCGAAAUUUGCAAAGUCCGCUUCAACAUGCAGUGCCGUCGGCAGGAGCACCAGGACAUGCACCGCCUCAAGUUCUUCUGCAAGAACUGCAGUUUCGUCUCUAGAAACAGGCAUCAAGCGAGGAGACAUUACGAUAUGCACGCCGGCAAAACCUUCGAGUGCAAACACUGUGGGAAGAUGUUCAAUAAGAGUUCAACGUAUCUGUCGCACGUGCGGCUGGCGCAUCCAGACAUGCACGUGUCGUGCGACCUGUGUGGCGAGACCUUUGUGGGGCAAGCGGGCCUCAAACAGCAUAAGGCGAAGAUGCACUCCAUCGCCGAGAACAUAAAACCACAGAAGUUUGAGUGUGGCACGUGCUCAGCCACCUUCCUAAGUGUCUCGGCGCUGAACAGACACACGGACACGGCCGGCGAGCACACAGACCUGCGGCCGUGCGAGCAGUGCGGCGAGAACUGUGCGAGCGAGGACGCGCUACAGGAACAUGUCACAGAGACACAUCCGAAGGAAACGUAUCGGUGUGAGGAGUGCAACAUGUCGUUCAAACGCGCUGCGGCGUACGACCUGCACCACCGCCGCAAGCACCUCGGGCAGCGCUUCAGCGCCGCGGGCCGCCACGUGGUGCGCCGCACGCCCGGCCACUUCGUGUGCGAGCAGUGCGGCCGCGUGCUCACGGUGAGUGUGUGUGCAACACCGACAUGUACCUACACACGACUGCACACCGCCGCAAGCACCUCGGGCAGCGCUUCAGCGCCGCGGGCCGCCACGUGGUGCGCCGCACGCCCGGCCACUUCGUGUGCGAGCAGUGCGGCCGCGUGCUCACGGUGAGUGUGUGUGCAACACCGACAUGUACCUACA